UGCUCCUUGAACUUAGUGAUCGCAUCCGCUAAUCUCGCCUUCGCCUCCGCCCGCAAAAGUGGAGUCAGAGUGCCGCCCACAAUCCUCACCUCCUCUUCCAACGCCGCCCUUCUACGCUUCUCCAUCUCAACCUCCUCUACCUUUCUUCGUUUCUCCACCGCAACCUCCUCUACCACCUUUUCCACCACCGCCUCCUUCUCCUCUACCACCUUCUUCACAACCUCCUCCUUCUCCUCUACCACCUUCUUCAUCUCCUCCUUCUCCUCUUUCAUCUCCUCCUCCAUCUUCUUCACCACCUCCUCCAGCUUCUUCAGUUUCUCCGCCAUCCUCAUCAUUUCCGAUCC